AUGACGUUGGACGUCGGCGUCGGCGACAUGUCCCCUUUGACCCCAAAGACACUUCUUCCUUCGCUGUCACACAAAACGCAGCAGACCGUGAUUCCGCAUCGUCGCAGCGGCUCGAAUUACGCCAGCAUCGAUCCGACCCGCACCAAGGCAUUGCACUGUAGCAGUACGAACAGAAACGCGGACGUUUUCGUGAAGCGUACACGUCAUGACUGUCUUUCCGACCAUUCCAGGUGA